GGCUGAAAAUCAAUUUACCGUUUUAUUCCUUCAUCCCCCACCUUGCAACUUUUCAGCCGCCACACCGACUUCCUUGCCCUCGACAAUUCUCACGAUCAGUUACCCAACCCACUGGCAUCAUCAUAUUCUCUCAUCGUCUGAGAUAUAAUACGACCAAGAUAUAAAUACACCAAACAAGCCCUGUCGACGAGCCCCCCCCUCCAACCAGGCAUCAUGGCUGCCUCCAGCGACGCCGGCUACCUCAUGUCCGACAGGGCGACAACCCCCAGGAGAUUCCUUCAUCCGAGCUCCUCCGCCGGUGCCCGCCCGCGUGCACCGCCCUCUGAGGGUACGACUGCCAUCAGUGACGACGAGGCGGAAGGCUUCGCCGAUGACCAGGUUCCCCGGAGCUCCAGGAUACAGGAUCCUGCGAGCGUCCCAAAAGUAGAGGAUAAGAUUGGUCUCAUGGUGCAGGAACACUUUGAAGCAUUCAUCGAGGGAUUCGUCGACGAACCAGCCUCAUCUGGUGGUGCCCCCACCCCCAGCGCCGUCACCACCGAUAAGUACUACGUUGCCCAGAUCCAUGGCAUGAGAACGUACCAGCUCUCGACCUUUUACGUCGACUUUAAGCACCUCGCCAGUUGGCAGAACGGCGAGCUGGCCGACGGUGUGAUGCGCGGCUACUAUCGCUUCUUGCCUUUCCUCACCGCAGCCCUCCACAAUAUGAUCGCCAAGCACGAGCCCCAGUACUUCCGCGAGCACCGCCAACCCACCACUUCAAGCAACCUCACUACCUCGGCCGCCAGCCAUGCCGGUUCGGCCAGCCAGUCCGAGAUGGGCUCCAAGACGAGUAACCAGCAGACGGACAAGCUCUUCUCCAUCGCCUUCUACAACCUGCCGCUGGUCUCUCGCGUCCGGAGCCUGCGCGCCGCCAACAUCGGACAGCUGCUAUCCAUCUCCGGCACCGUCACCCGAACCUCCGAGGUCCGCCCCGAGCUGUCCGUGGCCACCUUCGUCUGCGAGGCAUGCCGCACCGUCGUGCCCAACGUCGAGCAGACCUUCCGCUACACCGAGCCUACCCAGUGCCCCAACGGCACCUGCUCGAACCGCCAGGCCUGGCAGCUGGACAUCCGCCAGAGUACGUUUGUGGACUGGCAGAAGGUCCGCAUCCAGGAGAACAGCUCCGAGAUCCCCACCGGCAGCAUGCCGCGCACCAUGGACGUCAUCCUGCGCGGCGAGAUUGUCGACCGGGCCAAGGCCGGCGAAAAGUGCAUCUUCACCGGCGCCCUGAUCGUCGUCCCCGACGUCAGCCAGCUGGGCAUACCCGGUCUGAGGCCGACGGCCGUGCGCGACGACAGGAACGCCGCCCGCGGCGCCGACGCCGGCGGCUCCGGCGUGACGGGUCUCAAGAGCCUAGGUGUCCGAGACCUGACCUACCGCCUGGCUUUCCUCGCCUGCAUGGUCAUCCCUGACACGUCCUCGCCGGGCCAGUCUUCUUCCGGACAAAUGGCCGAUAUCAUCAACUCGCUGACCCAGGGCAACUCGACCGACUCGACCGACACCGUCGAAGAGGCCCAAGCUGCCGUGCUCGCCUCGAUGAAUCCCGCAGAAAUCGAGGAGCUACGUGACAUGGUCCACAGCGACCACAUUUACUCACGGCUCGUCCAGUCAUUGGCCCCCAUGGUCUACGGCCACGAGGUCGUCAAGAAGGGCCUCCUGCUCCAACUCAUGUCUGGCGUGCAUAAAACGACGGCCGAGGGAAUGGAGCUCCGUGGUGACCUUAACAUUUGCAUCGUCGGUGACCCGUCGACCUCCAAAUCCCAGUUCCUCAAGUACAUCUGCUCUUUCGCGCCUCGAGCCGUGUACACGAGCGGCAAGGCGUCUUCGGCCGCCGGUCUCACCGCCGCCGUCAUCAAGGACGAGGAAACCGGCGAGUUCACCAUCGAAGCCGGUGCGCUCAUGCUAGCGGAUAACGGCAUCUGUGCCAUCGACGAAUUCGACAAGAUGGACAUCGUCGACCAGGUCGCCAUCCACGAAGCCAUGGAACAGCAAACCAUCUCCAUCGCCAAGGCCGGCAUCCAGGCGACCUUGAACGCCAGGACGUCCAUCCUCGCCGCCGCCAACCCCGUCGGAGGCCGUUACAACCGCAAGACGACGCUGCGCUCCAACAUCAACAUGAGCGCCCCCAUCAUGUCCCGCUUCGACCUCUUCUUCGUCAUCCUCGACGAGUGCUCCGAGUCGGUCGACCGCCACCUGGCCGAGCACAUCGUCGGCGUCCACCAGCUGCGCGACGCGGCCGUCGAGCCCGAGUUCAGCACCGAGCAGCUGCAGCGCUACAUCCGGUUCGCGCGCACCUUCCGCCCCGAGUUCACCGACGAGGCGCGCGAGGCGCUGGUGCAGAAGUACAAGGAGCUGCGCGCCGACGACGCCCAGGGCGGCGUCGGCAAGAACAGCUACCGCAUCACCGUGCGCCAGCUCGAGAGCCUGAUCCGCCUGUCUGAGGCCAUCGCCAAGGCCAACUGCGUCGAGGGCAUCUCCUCCACCAUGGUCAUCGAGGCGUACAACCUCCUCCGCCAGAGCAUCAUCUCCGUCGAGCACGACGACGUCGAGUUCCGCGACGAAGAAGACGAGGAGGAAGCCCCUGUGGAGGAUGGCGUGACGCUGCGCAGGGCCGCGCGGGAGGCGUCCGGCCAGGCGGCGGACGCGGACGCGGAGGGCGACGAGGAGAUGGCCGACAGUGGCGGCAACGCGGCGCGGCAGCAGUCGCAGUCCCAGCCGGCGGAGAAGAAGAAGCAGACCAUCACAUACGACAAGUACAUCAGCAUGGUCAACAUGUUCGUGCAGCGCGUCAACGAGGACGAGGCGUCCACUGGCGAGGGCAUCGACGGCGAGACUCUGGUGCAAUGGUAUCUCGAGCAGAAGGAGGACGAGCUGGAGAGCGAGGAGGACUACCACCGCGAGCAGGGUCUUGCCAAGUUGGUACUGAAAAGGAUGGUCAAGGAACACAUCCUCAUGGCCAUCCGAAGCUCUUCGACCGAGGACGCCGACGGGGAAGACAACGCAGGAGAAGGCACGUCGUCGUCUGUCGAUAAGAUCGUUUACAUCCUACACCCGAACUGCGCCGUCGAAGAGUUCUAAUCCCUCCCCACCUAUCUAUCCAUCUACCUGCAACUGCUCAGUGGAGGCGCCUUCUUCCGCCCUUUUUUUGUUUGUCUUGUCUGUGCGGCAAAUGUAUGGACGGAUAUGCAUGUGUACAUAUAUCCAACGGUUUCGUGCCAGUUUUCAUACACGCCACACGAGCUGUCAUGAUGAAGGAGUCUUUGGGGUAUUAUAACAUAGGCGGACGGAGUUUUAGGAGUUUAGUCGCAUCAUGAUCAACCAGGAGGGUCAACGAGAGAUGGUGAUGCAUGCAUACGAAAAUGAAAGAAUAGACAGACCACCAGACUUGAAAGCUGCUGUUAUUCCUCCUCCCAGCGGGAUAUGCGCUGUAUGCGCUGUAUGCGCCACGAGUCUUCACACUCAUAACCCUUGGAGAAAUCCUGAUGAGGGUUUAAGUUAGACGUAACGGC